UUAGAAUUGGAGGAAAACAAUUUAAAACCCUUCUCCGGUCUCUCGCACCAGCGAGAAAACCUAGGGCUUUUAUGAAUCUGAAAUUUGGGGUUUUCUCAGAGGCGAAAUUUAGGGUUUUUUUGAUCGUCUUCAUCAUCAUUUCGAAGAGAAAUCAGUAUUGAAUUUAAGGUUGGAGAUAUUGCCAAGCAAUAAACUGAAGUAGGCUGAAGGAGAAAUGUUUGUGCAGUAAUUGGUUGAGGAGCUAGUGACAAUUGUGGUUAAAAAAUAAACAACCAUGGCUCCUGGGGGCAGCAUUUGUAAGGAAGUACCAGAAUCUCACUCUUUGGAUUAUGAUAUAUCCACCACAAGCAGCGAGGCUGAAGGUGUUCAGUACCCAAAAGCUUCCCCUGUGCCCACUGGUAAAGCAGGUUUAUCUUCAACUAAUGGUGUGCACGAGCUUCUCGAGUGCCCUGUCUGCACAAACUCUAUGUACCCUCCAAUUCAUCAGUGCCCAAAUGGCCAUACCCUGUGCUCUAACUGCAAGCUCAGGGUCCACAACCGUUGUCCCACCUGUCGAUACGAACUGGGCAACAUAAGGUGCUUAGCUCUCGAGAAAGUUGCAGAGUCCCUUGAGCUCCCCUGCAGAUAUCAGAGCCAUGGGUGCCAAGACAUAUUCCCUUAUUAUAGCAAGCUUAAACAUGAACAACAAUGCAGGUUCAGGCCUUACAAUUGCCCAUAUGCAGGCUCAGAGUGCCCAGUAACUGGUGAUAUCCCCACCCUUGUUACUCACCUCAAGAAUGACCAUAAGGUGGAUAUGCAUGAUGGAUCUACUUUCAACCAUCGAUAUGUUAAGUCCAACCCACAGGAGGUCGAGAAUGCAACAUGGAUGCUUACUGUCUUCAAUUGUUUUGGGCAACAAUUCUGCCUGCACUUCGAGGCCUUUCAGCUGGGGAUGGCCCCCGUAUACAUGGCCUUCCUCCGCUUUAUGGGUGAUGACAACGAAGCCAAAAACUUCAGUUAUAGCCUAGAAGUGGGUGGCAAUGGCCGGAAGCUCAUAUGGCAAGGCAUCCCAAGAAGCAUAAGAGAUAGCCAUCGAAAGGUUCGAGAUAGCCACGAUGGCCUCGUAAUCCAAAGAAACAUGGCACUCUUCUUCUCCGGUGGAGAUAGGCAAGAGCUAAAGCUAAGAGUAACCGGUCGGAUUUGGAAAGAGCAAUGAUACAAUCUUGCUAGUGGUUGGCUGGGGUCUAGCAGCGAUGGUUGGAAUUUGGGUGCUUCUCCUAUGUUAGCAAAAAUUGACUGCAAGUGAAGUGCUUUGGAGGCGUAUCCAAAGAGGGUUGGUGGUUUAGGAGUGAAUUUGUUUGGGAGUACAAGAGAAGAGAGAAAUAUCUGUUCAGUGAAUGAUUUAUUGUACUUUGAAUGUAUGGAUAUUUGAUGGCUGAAGAAUGGAAAAGAUGGGAAAUCUUGGUAGUC